UAGAACUUGAUGAUAUUAAGGAAGCACACAGUGCACUGAAAAAGAAGUGGCAAGGUAAAGGAGAACUACUUAGAGAGCUGGAGGUACAAGUUAAACAAAUGAAGGAGAGCUUUGAUGCCAAAGAGAAGAAGUUGAUUGAUGAGAGAAAUAAAAGUCUUCAAGCUCAGAAAGUUGCGGUGGAGAAGCUUCAUGCAAUGGAUGAUGCUUUUAGAAAGCAACUUGAGUCAGCAAUAGCAGCUCAUCAGGCAGAACUGUUGCAGCUGGCAAAUGAAAAAGAAAGGCAAAUUGAAGAAGCAAAUGAAAAAGUGUACCAUGUUGAAGAAGAAAUGCGUCAGCUUCUACAGGAAAUGGCAAACAACAAAAUAGCCAUGGAAAAUAAAAUAAGACGACUUACAAAUGCACUGAAUGAUAUUCAACAAGAUCUUUAAAAUAGUAUGCCUUACGUCUGAGAGUUUACCUGUUCUUAAACAUAUGCACUAAGAAAGUGUAUG